UUUUAGAAAGCUAAUAGAUUAUCGCGCAACCUGUUAGACAUGGUCAUUUAUCUGUCUGCAAAUGUUAAUACYACGAGUCAGCAGACACACGAACGUUAAUGUGUUUUAUUUGUGGCCGUGUUUUCGUUCAGUUUGUGCCGCAACAAUUGUCGGUCCUUUCGUGUAAUUCACCUCUUCGGGCUAGCGAGCGGCAGCGGUUAGCUCAAAGAGAGACAAAACAACGCAGUCAGACCGGCUCUAAGGAAGGUGGCGCUACUGAUAAGGAACCUAAAAAUAAAGGCUUUAAUUCAAGAAUGAACGUCGCUAAAACUGGAUACCGCGUCUUUUCCGCCAAUUCGUCCGCAGCGUGCACAGAACUGGCAAAGAAGAUCACAGAGAGGCUGGGAGUUGAACUAGGGAAGUCUGUGGUCUUUCAAGAAUCAAACAGAGAGACUAGAGUGGAUGUGAAAGAAUCUGUUCGUGGGCAAACCAUCUUCAUAAUCCAGACCAUACCAAGAGAUGUCAACACAGCCAUCAUGGAGCUUCUCAUCAUGGCUUAUGCCCUCAAGACGUCUUGUGCAAAGAACAUCAUUGGAGUUAUUCCUUACUUCCCUUACAGCAAGCAGUGCAAAAUGAGAAAGAGGGGAUCUAUUGUGUGCAAACUUUUAGCGUCAAUGUUGGCUAGAGCAGGACUAACACACAUCAUCACCAUGGACCUACAUCAGAAGGAGAUCCAAGGCUUCUUCAGUUUCCCGGUGGAUAACCUGCGAGCCUCUCCAUUCCUGAUUCAGUACAUCCAAGAAGAGAUUCCUGAUUAUAGAAAUGCCAUAAUUGUGGCUAAGUCUCCUGCUGCAGCUAAAAGGGCUCAGUCGUAUGCAGAACGGCUCCGUUUGGGUCUGGCUGUGAUCCACGGCGAGGCUCAGUGUUCAGAGUCCGACAUGGCCGAUGGGAGACACUCUCCACCGUCCGUGCGCAACACCACAGGACAUACAGGCCUGGAGCUGCCUUCAGGCAAACAACAAGCUCCGUUCCCUGGCAUAGAGCUUCCAAUAAUGAUGGCCAAGGAGAAACCUCCCAUUACUGUAGUUGGAGAUGUGGGUGGGAGAAUUGCCAUAAUUGUGGAUGAUAUAAUCGAUGACGUAGGAGAUUUUGUUGCUGCUGCAGAGAUCCUAAAAGAGAGAGGAGCCUAUAAGAUCUAUAUUAUGGCCACGCAUGGUUUACUUUCUGCAGAUGCUCCACGUCUCAUAGAAGAAUCGGCCAUUGAUGAGGUGGUCGUGACAAACACGGUACCCCACGAGGUCCAGAAGCUCCAGUGUCCAAAGAUCAAGACAGUGGACGUCAGCAUGAUAUUGGCAGAGGCCAUCCGUCGCAUCCACAAUGGAGAAUCUAUGGCCUACUUGUUCCGAAAUAUUACUGUGGACGACUAGGGAGUGUGAGAGGGACCGCUGAGCUGGGGUUCAAUGACAGAAACCAGAUCCACUGCUGCACCUUCCUGCUUAGUGCUGUAAGAAAAACACUUAUCCAUGUCAGGAUUAUGUCAGGAUUAUGGGCACUUGUAUCCUGAUGAAAUUAAAGUCUAAAAAUUGACUAAAUGUUUUAUCUUGCACAAAACGUUGUAUAUAUCAUUUCUUCUGUUUUGUUGAUCUUUACCGGGCACCUCAGUCAGCUUAAACAUCGUCACUUUCUGCAGCUCAAAAUAACUGAAGUGACAGAAGACCUGCCAACACCUCACAAGCAACCAGUUCAUGUUGAAGCUCCUAGUUUGAGAUGUCAGAAUGUUCAGAGCAUUAAGAGACUUGAAGACGAGCUGUAAGGCAAAACACAACAAGCAAAAACAUUUUAUAUCAUUAAUCUUUUUUUGACCUUGAGCUUUUUUAUGUAUUUAGUUUUUUGCAUUGAAUGGAGCAUGUUGCUUUGAACAAGAAGGAAAGAAAGUUCUUCUAAAAUCUGCCUAUAUUCAGCUUUUAUUCAAAUAUUGGAACAAGAAAAAGUUCCUCAUCAUUCACAGGAAGGUAAAUAGUACCAUUUAACCCUUGUGCACAGCUGUCACUGCAGCUGUGCACAAGGGUUAAACUGCAUGGUACUAAAACAUACGUUCCUAUUAACAUCAACUCUUCCUCUACUGCGACGGCUUUGACAAAAUUCACUUAAGCUAGCUGAAGUUUUAAACUGCAGUAAACAGAAAUGUGAACAGACCUGAUUGAUAUUAAUAUUAUCCAUUCCAACUCCGCUUUUCGCACCUUCUCAUAUAAAGUCAGCUUUUAUUUAUUUAUUUUUUUUUUUGCUCAGGGAGAAAAAACAAAAAGCAUUUGGUGAGAACGUCUUCCAUGCAGCAGUUCUGUAACACUCUGUUCCAUUUAAAUAGAAACUCGGUUCCAAAUACUGGAUACGUUUCUCCCAUGUUCCGAUGAAGAAAUGAGUGUUGACGAGGAAGUGUCUGCAUGAAAUGUCUGCUUUGUAAGAUCAAGUCAUUUCAUCUGUGCAUUUCAGGUCUUGCAUGACUCUGUGGUGUUUGUAAAAAUGUAUAAAAUAAAACUGUUGCCUGGU